AUGCAUGGCUUUAGGAAAAUCACCCUGGUAUCCUUAUUCCACAACUUUACGGAUUCUCACUAUCGUCUGGUGAAUCAACUAUAUCACCGUGUAUAUCGCCAAAUACUCUCAUGGAUCAACAGAUUUAUAUGGUCUGAUCAUGCGAUUCUAUCUCAAUACGUCCCCCAUCCUAUUGCAAUCCCGCCAGACCUCGGAUAUAUUCUAAUAGAGUGUAUCGAGCUAAACCGAGGAAGGAUGCUCUCAGAUACUUGGGCCAACUAUUUAAACAAUAUAACUCUGAGGACUACAUUAUUUCAGGGCCUUGCUUGUAUAAUGCUGAGCCUUGCCCGUGUCCCUUUACCUAAAAUCGGAUCAUUUGUUAUAGAUAAAAACGGCUUUAUCUUACUUUCUAAUCGGCCAUUAACUCCCGAAAUUCAACAACUAGAGAAUGAUGAAAUCCCUAUAAAUAUAUACUGUGAUUAUACCUACUUAACUAUAGAUUCUUAUAUUACUGAUAUUAGUAAUAUAUUUGUUGAUGAGAAGUGGAAUAUUACUUCACUUGUGGGUCUUGAAUAG